UCAUUUGUUUAAAAAUCGAGAAUCGCAUUUCCGAUUAUUUCCUUGACACAUCUUUGCAAAAGUAAAGAUCUCCAAAAGGGGCGAGGCCGCUUUCCAUAUCCUCUGUUCAAGGACUUGGUUUCUUUGAAGCUGUUUUGCUUAGCAAUUCAAGCCAUCAACUUCAAAAACCUCAGAAAUAUUAAAGAAAGACCAAGAGUGCCCACUUGUUGUUUGGACUUUCAGCAUUACUUCAUUUGGCUAUUGCACUUAUUUAUUCAUGCACUUGGUUCUUUAAUCCAAUUUCUCCACGAGUACAUCACAAAAUCCGGAAACUACAAAAACCAUGUUCCACCCUUUGAUCGCAAAACCUUCUUUCUUCCAAUCCAUUCAAAACCAGGCAAAACUAAUCAUUGUCUCAUUAAUGAAUGCAGUGCCAAAUGUAUAAAUAAGCUUGUCAUCCUCCUUAUGGCUCAAACCCAAAGAAGAAAAAUCUAUUUGUCCUCUUCAGUCUUCAGUGUAUUUUCCUUCAUUAUCUCUGAUGUCUCCUGCUGGAAAAUGGCUAGGAUUUGUGACUGCAAUUUGGGUCCAGGCCAUUGCAGGCAACAACUACACGUUCUCCAACUACUCUGAUGCGCUCAAAUCUCUCAUGGCGCUCACGCAGCUCGAGCUCAACAAUCUAUCUGUGGCUAAAGAUGUCGGCAAGGCAUUUGGGCUCGUCUCUGGCCUCGCCUCGAAUCGAUUUCCUAUGUGGAUUAUACUUCUGAUUGGAUCCUUAGAGGGUCUAAUAGGGUAUGGAGCUCAAUGGCUUGUCGUGAGCCAGCGAAUCAGUCCUCUUCCCUACUGGCAGAUGUGCAUAUUCCUGUGCAUGGGCGGAAACAGCACGACAUGGAUGAACACAGCCGUCCUAGUGACUUGCAUGAGGAACUUUCCAAAAAGCCGAGGACCAGUCUCAGGGAUUCUCAAGGGAUACGUGGGGCUAAGCACGGCGAUAUUCACUGACAUUUGCGCCGCUCUCUUCUCCUCUGACCCUUCCACUUUCCUCCUCAUGCUUGCCGUAGUUCCCACAGUAAUCUGCCUGGUUGCCGCUGUUUUCCUCUGUGAAACUGCCCCUGAAGAAGAAAAGCGAGAGACACAGCUCUUGAAUGCCUUUAAUGUGAUGGCCAUCGUGCUGGCCUCCUAUCUAUUGGCCUUUGACAUUAGUGGAAGUCAUGGCCACGUUCUUUCCGUGGCAUUUGCAAUAGGACUAGUAGUCUUACUUGCUCUGCCAUUAGGUGUUCCUUUUUACUUAGGUAUGCCCGAGUCAAAACCAAAUUCUGAUAUUGAACAAGCAAUCAAACAGCCACUUAUUGCCCCACCAACGAGGCUAGAAGAUUCAGUGACUCUGACCGAAACUGUUGCUCAAGGAUCUGUCCAGGAAAAGCGCCAGCCAUUGAUUGGGGAGGAUCACACGGUUUUGGAAAUGAUGAAGACGGUCGAUUUCUGGAUACUUUUUGCAUCAUUCCUAUGUGGGGUGGGCACGGGAAUGUGCUUCAUGAACAACAUGGGACAGAUGGGGCUCGCACUUGGCUACGUUGAUGUAUCAAUCUUCGUCUCUCUCACCAGCAUCUGGGGAUUCUUUGGGAGGAUCAUCUCAGGAUUGGUGUCAGAACACUACAUUUGGAAGUGUGGAACACCAAGGCCUAUCUGGAAUGCGGCUUCACAGAUACUGAUGACUCUAGGAUACAUCAUCAUGGCCUUGGCCUUGCCAGGAUCUUUCUACAUUGGCUCGAUUCUGGUGGGCAUAUGCUACGGCGUCCGCCUCACUGUCACCGUUCCAAUUGCAUCAGAGCUGUUUGGCCUCAAGUAUUAUGGCCUUCUGUACAACAUCCUAAUCCUCAAUCUUCCUCUAGGUUCUUUCCUUUUCUCUGGCCUGCUUGCCGGUCAUCUUUACGAUGUUCAAGCCACCAUUAGUGACGGAGGCAGUAACACUUGCGUCGGGCCACAGUGUUAUAUGCUCGUGUACGUGAUCAUGGGCCUGGCUUGUGUGUUCGGUUUCGGGCUUGACGUGUUGCUCGUGAUGAGGACAAAGAGCAUAUAUUGCAGGAUGUGCGCCAAGCACAAACUCAAGGCUAGAAUGGCAGAUGAAAAUUAUCCUGCAUCAAGUAAAUCCUGAGAAAUCUUCUUCUCUUUUCCUUUUCACGGUAACUUUACUUCUUACUUUCCAUGAUUCGAGUAUGUACAUAUGCUCUUCAAUUCAGUGGCCUCAGAUAUAAGCAUUGGUUGUGAAGAAAAUCUAGUGAAUCAAAAUUUGAGCCUCAUUCUUGAUAGCUCAUUGAUUUCAGAUGGCAAAAGAAAGACUUGUCCAUUGUUCCAUCCCCAGAUUGCUCUUCGAAUUUAAUCUUAGAUCACUCCAGAAUUAUUCAUUGAAGCUACCCCAAAUUUUCUUUUCUCUUUUCUUAUUUCUGCUUUAUCCAUGACCCUGCAAUGACUUCAAAUUGACCUAUUUCUGACCAUGAGAGGAGGGUUCAUGCUUGGCCAAUCAAAUUGCAGAGCACAGAGAUCAUAUCAUUUUCAGUCAAUUACCCCUUUUUGAAGGUAGAGGCAGGACAUGUGAGUGCACCUAAAAC